UCGGCAAUUUCCUGGGUUGAGUUCCCCUUUAAGAGGGCAGCGCUCCGGUGCUGGGAAUCCGCGUCAUUUCGGCACUUCAAUACCCAAAUCAAUGAGCGAUGCAUUGUCCGCCUCUCAGUUUCAGGCUUCCAGGAAGAAACUAACCUACAACACUGCAAAAAAUGCACAUCACAACAUAGGAGGAAAACAAAGAAGUUGGACACCGCGGGCAGGAAGGCGCGUACGGAACUGCAAGUGUGAAUGAUACAUGUGCAUCGGAGUCCGAUGAAAACCCGAGCGAAGUGUUUAAGUGGCGUGUGAACAGUUUCUUUUUUUUCUGGGGUAUUUCAAGGAAAAAAGGGGAAAGGAAAGUGGGGGAAGAAGGAGAACUUCCUGAAUUGAGUAAAACAUGUCCGAAUCCCCGUUGCGCUUAAUAAUAAAGGUAUUUAUGGAAUACUUACGGCAGAUUAAGUUGUGAGCCGAGGACUCUGUGCUGGAUGUGCUUUAUGGCAUCGUGUCGCUAGGAAAGGCAGCGCUUUUUGCGGGUCUUAUCAUCUGUUGCGGUGGGAGCGUGUUGUGCGCAGCGCUCGCAGGAAAGGGUCCUAUUCAGCCCUUCGGAGAGCCCCCUGCCAAUCUCCACUUCCUCUCCUCUUCAUGUUCCAGCAUCUCGACGGGCCAGCAGGAUGGAGGAAGAGCCAGCGCGCCUGCCUACACACCUGCGACUGCAGCCGAUGUUCUGGAGCAGAGAGGACGUCUCUCAGUGGCUAAAGUGGGCAGAGAGGGAGUUCUCGCUGCACCCUAUCGCCAGCAGCACGUUCGAGAUGAACGGCAAGGCCCUGCUCCUGCUCACCAAGGAAGACUUCCGCUACCGGUCUCCGCAGUCCGGUGACGUUCUCUACGAGCUGCUGCAGCAUAUCCUGAAGCAGAGAAAACCCCACGUCUUCUAUCCUUCCGCUUUCUUCUCGGGGAAUUCCUUCCACUCGCCGGCAGAGGGGGUGUUCCAGCAGCAUAAACUUGAAGAAACGGUACGGCGAACCGCACGGAAUACAGAGCCCCUCCCCCAGCACACGCCCACCAUCGAGCUGUGCCACCGGCCCCGCUCGCCUCUCCACCUGGGCCGUCCCUCUCCCAUCCCCUUUUGCUCCCCUGCUGAACUGACACACCAGGAGGACCCCUUGCAGGCGUCUUCCCAGCUGCCCGACAGCAACCACCACCCCGAAGAUCACUACCAACUGUCGGUAUCACCGGCCAAUCGGAGCAACGGGCGCUGUACCACCCCCCACGAGGCAGCUCGGCCGGAGACCCCUGGCCAGGAGAGCCCACGGGUCAUCCAGCUGGUGCCCAGUGCCAUUAUGAACCCGCUCAUCCUCAAUGCCCGCGGGGGGGCCGCAGACUUCAAGCUUGCACGUGCCCCCCCUGAAGACGGGCGCGAGGGGAAGGGCUUGCCCGCAGCCCAAGCCCGGGAGGACAUCUUCUACCGUAACCACAUCAUGUUGCCCAUCUCGCCCCCCAAUGAGCAGGCUGUGCCCAUUGGCCGGAUAGCAGACUGCAGGUUACUAUGGGACUACGUGUAUCAGCUUCUGUCCGACAGCCGGUACGAGAACUACAUUCGCUGGGAGGACAAAGUCACAAAAGUGUUUCGGAUCAUGGACCCCAACGGCCUUGCUCGGUUGUGGGGUAACCACAAGAACAGAACCAACAUGACAUAUGAGAAGAUGUCACGGGCGCUGAGACACUACUACAAGCUGAACAUCAUCAGAAAGGAGCCGGGCCAGCGAUUGCUCUUCAGGUUUAUGAAAACCCCAGAUGAAAUAAUGAGCGGCCAGACCGACAGACUGGAACACCUGGAAUCUGACCUGGAUGAACAAACGUACGUCAAAGAGGAAUGCUGAAAAUUCCCAAGGACUACCUUAGAAAUGGACCAGGCAGCCUAGUGGAACAUGGAGCAGGUAAUCGCUGGGAAGCCAGGGACUGCGACAAGCACAAGGAUUUCGUGAUUUCUUGGGUAUGGCAAAGGAGCUUGUUACUUGGCCUCAGACCUAAGAUUUUGUUAAUGUUUAUAAUUUUUUUUUUUUUAAAAGAAAAUGCUAACAUAAUAUACAAAAGACAAUCCACUAUGUGUGUAAGAACAUUCCAGUUGUGCCAUAGAAACUGCCAGAACUGUCAUUUUGGGUUUUUUUUUUUCUUUUGGUGUUGGGUUUUCCGAAUAUUCCUUAUUCAUUGUGGUGUUGCUAUUCUGUGCAAAUAUUACUGGGGGCAGAGUUAGAGAUUUUCCAGUAUAUAUACAGAAAUAAAACACUUCAAAUUUGGCUGUGACAAUGGCAAAUCCUUUUUUAUUGUUAUUUGUUUGAAUUAAGAUGAAAUUUAGUUGGGUUUACGAGUUCUGUGAGGAGGGUGCGGACUGCUUCUACUCACUGCUUGUCUUCAUGGAGUGAUACAAUCACGGCAUGACUGUGAGGAAAUAAAAAAAAAAAGACCUUUGA